AGGAAGAGACGAGUUUUAGCCGCCCAAAUCCCUAAUUCCGCCGCCAGGAACAGCUUCCACUCUGCAAACCAUAGGGAACAUAAUUGUUUCCAUCGUCGGCACCGGAAUCCUAGGCCUCCCUUUCGCUCUCCGGGUCGCCAGCUGGCUUGCUGGAUCGUUCGCGAUCAUCGUUGCUGGGAUUUCUACUUAUUAAUGCAUGAUUCUCCUCGUUCAAUGCAGGGAUAAAAUGGCAACCGAGGAACCCACCACGGAAACAAGAACAUGUGGCGAUCUGGUCAAAGGAGAAAUUUUACACAUAGUAUUGGUGCUAUAGGUUUUUGCCUUUAUGGUACAACUUAAAAUCGUACAUUUACGUUAUGGUACAACUUCAGAUUGUACCUAUACUUUUUGUACAAAUUCUUUUAUGGUACAACUUGAACUUGUACCUUUAUGUGAUGGUACAACUUCAAGUUGUAAAGUUGUACCAUAACAUAAUGGUACAAAUUGCUUUAUGGUACAACCUAAACUUAUACAUUUAAUGUUAUGGUACAACUUUGAGUUGUACAUUAAAACACCAAUGCUAUAUAGCAUAGUAGAAGUGCUCCUGGUGAAAGAGGAUGUCCAAAAACGUUUUUGGUGGGUAUUUUAAGUUCAGUGACAGGCAAGCAAUCUCGCCUGGUCCUGGUGGCUUGCCGUUUGCUUUAAGAAUGGCGAUUUGAGAAUGUAGAACUUGAUGAUCCAGGAGAAAGCUGAAACCGUAACGGUAAUGGCGAGUUUGGGAAGCUAAAGCGCGCCUGCAAUACCCAGAAGUGUAUCCGCGCGGGUGGGAAGCAUAUCGAUCUUGACGAUGUCGGGAAGGACACAUACCACCAUACAUUCUUUGCGAUGCUGGGGAAUUGGUCGUUUGGCGAUUAUUUUAAGAAAGAGGCAAUUGAAUGGGCUUGGGAGCUCCUAACCAAGGUGUAUGGACUUCCCGAGGAUCGUAUCUAUGCUACUUACUUCGGGGUCGAUGAGAAAGCUGGUCUAGCUCCUGAUAAUGAAGCGAGAGACAUGUGGCACGAAUUGUUGCCGCCUGGAAGAGUGCUUCCCAAGGUUGUCAAACCGGUUUAUGCAGUGUGCCGGUUUAGCAAGUGGAAUGGUUCGAUCGGUGGCACAUACCGGUUUGUGCCGGUUCAUGCCGGUCAAUAUUACUAAUAAAAUUAUAAAUACUCAUUUUAAACAUGACAUUUAACGUCAAUACCUAAACAUUUAUACUUGAAUCCAACAAAUAACAUCAAUAUUUAACAUUUAUACUCAUAAAAUAAAAAAUAAAAUAAUUUUUAACAAUUAAAGUCACUAAAUAAGGUUAUUUUACUUAGAGAUUCGUAUAUCGAUCAUGCCGGUCAUACCGGUGUUGUCACGCCAGUUUUAUGACCGGUAUAGGUUGAACCAGGUACAACCGGUGGCACGCCGGCCGGCGUGACAACCCUGGUGCUUCCAUUUGGUUGCAAGGACAAUUUUUGGGAGAUGGGUGAUACCUGUCCAUGUGGUCCUUGUACAGAAAUACAUUUCGAUAGGAUCGGUAAUCGGGAUGCAGCAUCAUUGGUGAACAACGACGAUCCCACGUGCAUUGAGAUAUGGAACCUAGUGUUUAUUCAGGGCUUAACGUGAAGCUGGUCUAUUCCAAACCCGACCGAUACAAGAAAGAGGGAGAACUUGGAACCUCUGAGCACAACCAGCAAAACCUAUCGAACUUAUAGGUGGAGACCUUCAACGAUUAAGUAAGGUGAGUGUAAAUGGGGUAAAUUCAACACCUUACGUAUUAUUUUAAGCAUUAUGAUUUUAAGUAUUUUAGCGAAUUGGUUAUCGUUGCUUGGUUAUGUGUAUGAUUGAUUAUUUGUGCUUUGCUUGAGUUAUGGUUUGAGAUGAUUUUGUGCUAUUUGAGGUGAUUUUGUUUGAGCUAUACUUGAAGUGAAUGUUUUUAGUUACUUUGAAAUUUUCACGAGUAUAAGUUAUUAUUAAAGAGUAAGAAACGAGUUCUUUUAAAGAGGCAACUCACCUCAAGAAGGUGAAGUUGUUUUAAGUGUUUUUAGUCGCUAGCGCCAGUCCGUUGCCUUUUGAGAUUUUCAGAUAGAGCAACAAUUAUGCUCUUGAGAUCUUUGAGACAGAGCAGCAGUUAUGCUCUUGAGACUUUUAAGAUGGGCAGCAGUUAUGCCCUUGAGAAUCGUGGUGAAGAGCCACCACGACAAGUUUAAGAUGUUAGGGGGAUGAAUCGUUACGACUUCCCUAACUAAGUUUAAGUUUAAGGAAAGCCUGAAUGGCUUCUCAUACGUAUGAGUUGGCAACUGGACUAGCUAGUGAGGGAUACCCGUGUCAGUCAAGUAUUUAAGUCAAGAUUUGAGCUUUAAGAGAGGAGAGUAACUUCAACUCCCUCGAAUUAUAAGAGUUAAGAUUUUAAGGUUGGAAGUACAAACAACUUCCACUAGUCAAAGUUAAUUGUUUAAGUAAAGUACUCAAGUAUUACAAUUAUUAAAACGUAAGGGCGUAGACUGACCCCAACUCACUCACCAGUUUGAGGAGCUAGAGGAGCAGUAGUGAGCAGCGAGUUCGAGGGCAGCUAGCUAUAGGAGAGCAGUAUAAGCAUCACGGAGGAUGCUUGGUCAAGGUUUUCAGUAGCAACAACUUUAGAGAUUAUUAGUUAUUUACAUUUAUGAUUAUGAGUACAGACUGGAGGUUAUUUUGAGAUUUUUAGUAUUGAGUUUGCCCACUUGUUAGGGCUUUCCUUUGAACUACAAGAGUGUGUUUUCAGUAUUUUAUUAUGAAAUUUCUCCCGCUGCAAUUUAAGCUUUGGUUAUUUUAUUUUUCAAGGGCAUUUUAGUAAAAGUAGUACCCGGCCGGAUUAGGCUGUUUCAUUAAAUCUCAGGCUAGAGAUGAAAUUGUUAAGAUAGUGUGGUUGAGAAUGAUGUUUUUUGUAUUUGUUCCAACCAUAUCACUAAGAUUUUAUAUUUGUUAUUUUUUAUAUGAAAAUCAAAGGAUAAAAAUGUC